AUGGUACAGACCUAUCAACCGCCCUUCAUGGAUAUCGAAGACAUGAUCCCCGAGCUUCAGCCCGUGUUCACUUUUUUGAAUGGACACGGAAAUAAGCUCUACCAAGAAGGAUACUUCCUAAAGUUGGACGACCAGAAUACCCAGGGCCGACCAAAUCCUGAUAGGACGUGGACGGAAUGUUUUGCCCAGCUUGUGGGCACCGUUCUUUCCCUCUGGGAUGCCGCGGAACUCGAUGCUGCCGGCGAUGACGGCGAGGUUUUGCCCAAAUUCAUCAAUCUCACCGAUGCCUCGAUCAAGAUGAUUGAGUCGCUGCCAACAAGGUCAACCGACGAACAGCCCCUUCAGAAUAUUCUGAGCAUCUCAACAGCCGGCCGCAACCGGUACCUCCUUCACUUCAACUCCCAUGAUACGCUCAUUCAGUGGACUGCUAGUAUAAGACUAGCCAUGUUCGAGCAUGCCUCGCUUCAGGAGGCCUAUAGCGGCGCCUUGAUAGCGGGCAAGGGCAAGCUGCUCAAUAAUAUCAACAUCAUCAUGGAACGCAUGAAGUUCAAGAACGAGGCGUGGGUACGAGUGCGUUUCGGUGCCGGUGUCCCGUGGAGGCGCUGUUGGUGCGUCAUCACGCCACCCGACGAGAAGGAGUAUCAAAAGCUUCAAAAGGAAAUGAAGAAACGGUCGCCCUACGACCGGUCCCAUAUCCCCGUCCUCAAGGGCGAUAUCAAGUUUUACGACACCAAGAAGGAAGGGAAGCGCCAGAAAAAGGCAAGGCCCAUUGCAACAAUCACCGAUGCUUAUUCUGCAUACGGCAUCUACCCCCAGGCCAAAUCCUUGAUUGAUGCCUCAACCCUUCUCAAGAUCGAGGGCAACAUCACAAUCCACUCGGAGCCUCCCUCCUCGACGGAAGGUUUCGUUUUCGUCAUGCCAGAGACCCACCCCGCCGUUAGUGGAUUCGAAAUGCUUCUUCGAUUCUUGUUCCCAACCUGGGACACUUUUGGUCUUUACGGCCGGCCCGGUAGACUCGUGGCGAGCACCCUUGACCCGAGGUCGCUGAUGUUCGCUAUGCCAAAACAUAGGCGAUACGGCUAUCUGGACACGCUCGAUGUUUCGCAGCUCAUCGUCAUGGACGGCAGUGCCUCUUGGUCCGAAAGGGAGUGGAGAAAGCGACUAAAGGAUUUGACGGGACAGAGGAUGAAUGAGUGGGACGAGAACGAGAAGAACCGUGCCAUCGGAUUUACUGACGACUCGGCCUCCGUUCGCUCCUUUUCCCCGAAUGAAAUCCCCCAGGGCGGCGCCGUUCCAACCAUUCCCUUUGGUGGCCAGAGACCUGGCCCACCAUACAACCAUGGCCGGAAUUCGUCCGACCCUCAGGCGGGGAUGAACGGCCACUUCCCGCCGCCCGUCAUGAACAUGCCGUUUGGCAAUAACUCUACUGGACAUGUACUUCAAAAUUCCAGGGUUGAUGGGGCUCAUUAUACGCCGCCUGCGGCGUCCCCUGACACGAUAUCUAGCUCCGAGGAUGACCAAGGCUCAAGGAACACGCCGGUGCGCGAACUGGAGGGUAUGAGGCAGAUGAACACGCCCGAGCCCGUUUCUCGCCCACCCGUCAUGCAUCAUGGAGCCAAUGCCCGCCCGGCUGGCGGAAAGGCAUACCACACUCCCGAGAUGCGUCGGGCCAACAGCCGUCUGUCGAGCACAACGCUGUCUCAGCUGGCCAAGGCCGGCGGCCUGGAGUUUCCUCCCGGGGGCAAUCAAAGCGGACCCUUCCGAGGGAACGGCCAAGCUUAUGCCGAACAUAGACAACUGAACCCCUUCGCAACACCGAGUCCCGUGAUGGCAUCCCUGGUUCCCCCGUUCGCUCUGGCCCCCGGGGAUAACCCGAAUUUCGGCUCGCCACCUCAGCAACAAUCCAUGCAACGUCCCUAUGCCGGAAGCUACCGCCCCAGCACGCCUCCCACCCGGGAAGGUGGCCGACCAGCACCAUCGCAAGGCCGCUCAGCGCUCCAGAAUGAGGUUGCCUCCGCUAUCAACUCGUCCCCUCCCUCACACAGGAAACCCGUUCCAGGCAGAGUUGACGCGACGCAAUUGGACAUGUCCCCGAAACCGGCACCAAGUUUGGAGAGCUUGAGGGGUGAUCUAAUUGACCCCUCCAUUCUUGACCAGAUUCGCACCCGGGAUGUCGCUGAGAACAUGUCCCCGCGUCCCGCACAGGGAGCCUAUCAGCGCCAGGAUAGUCUGCGCAGCGCUGGUUCGGGUAGUGUGUACACCGGCACGCGUGCCCACAACACGCCAAACAUGCCCUCUGGCAACGUACCGAUGCAUAACCGAGGACCCCCUCCCGGCGCCUCAUGGGACGUGCAGCGGCAGAACAGCACGAAGAGCAGUCAGUACAGCGAUGCGGACUCUGCCGUGACGCCCGAUUACGCGAGCACCCGAAAAUCGAGCGAGACAUCCCGCAUCGACUUUGGCCCGACUGUGCCUCACGAAGCCCAGCGUAGGAGAGAGGACAUGGCGCCUUCGCCCCAGCAACGACCGCUGCAACGGCCACCUAUGGGACCCAUCCACCACAAGUCCCCAUCCGGAGAACGGAGCCACAGUCGACAAGAAUCAGGCGAUACUCUCCGCCGGUCUGUUGUUUGGCAGCCUGGCGCGGCUGUUGCGGGAAGUGCUAAUGCUGGUAUGACGGUAGAAGAGUACGUGCAGCACCGCGCCGUGGCCGCGGCCACACCUGUCAUGACGCAUCACGCACGAACCCCUUCUGGUAACCUCCUAACGCUCUCCCGCGCCACAACGCCAACAUCCUCAUCCAUGCGGCCGAAUUCUCAAGGAGCGGGUGCUGCUCUCGGCUACGGAAGCGCGGGUGAAAUGUCAUCGAAUUUGUCGGCAAGGGAGCUGGAGCACGUUGCUCGCAUGACAGGCUCGCCUCUGAUUUCCAUGGCUGGCGGAAAGCAGGCUCAGCGGGGUACCGGACUAGUUGGUGCUAUCGAAGCUCGUGAGCGUGAGCGGCAGCAAAUUAGGCAGGGCGUCAACACUCAAGCAGUUCAGCACGCGAUUUCCCAACGGCAGUUCCAACAGCAUCAGCAACAUCAGCAGUUCCAACAACAGCAGCAGUUCCAACAACAACAGCAGUUCCAACAACAACAGAGACUUCAACAGCAGAACAUGGGCGCCCCACCACCUCAAGGCAUGUACCAAGGGAUGGGCUAUAGCCCGACCCAACAACAGGGGUGGCAAUCACAGUACCAGCAGGGACCCGGGCCUCAAUAUCAGAAUCAGUACGCGUACGGUGGCGGACCAGGAAGCGUGAAUGCCUCCAUGAUGGGUGGACCCCUACCGCCACAGGGUGCGGGAGGAUAUGCAAUGCCGCCGGGCCCGAGAGUCCCGACGGGCCGCCAGUCUCCAGCGCAAGACCCGCGAAUGAUGGGGCCUCCCGGUGUUCCGAAUAAUGGACAGGGGGACGAGGACAAGCUCAUCAUGGAUCCGCCUUUUGAAAGGUAUUCUUGCCAGGGAAAGGAGGUGGAUGAAUGA